AUGUCGCUCGUGACCGGCGAGAAGACGAACUUCCAGUUCAUCUUGCGUCUGCUCAACACCAAUGUUGACGGCAAGCAGAAGAUCAUGUACGCGCUGACCCAGAUCAAGGGUGUCGGUCGCCGUUACUCCAACCUGGUCUGCAAGAAGGCCGAUGUCGACCUCACCAAGCGUGCUGGUGAGCUCACCACCGAAGAGCUCGAGCGUAUCGUGACCAUCCUCCAGACCCCUACUCAGUACAAGAUCCCUUCGUGGUUCCUCAACAGACAGCGCGACAUCACCGAUGGCAAGGACACCCAGGUUGUCUCCAACGGUCUCGACUCCAAGCUCCGUGAGGAUCUCGAGCGUCUCAAGAAGAUCCGCUCCCACCGUGGUCUGCGUCACUACUGGGGCCUCCGUGUCCGUGGUCAACACACCAAGACCACUGGCCGCCGCGGUCGCACCGUCGGUGUCAGCAAGAAGAAGGGCUAA